CAUGCAUCGUCCAUAAUGCCGCCGCGAAUACCCAUCGCGCCGUGCCUGCGGGCAUCAAAGGCACCUUUCCCUGCGACUCAAUUCACGCUCCCUCUCCGCCCCUUCUCCGCAACCGCCGCGCCGAAGAAGACGCAUCAGAGCCAUGAUCCGUACAUCGUCGCGCAGAAGAACCGCAAGAAGGCUGCCAACCUUUCACGCCGUGCCGACUUGGAAGCUGCCAGAGUAGCAUCGCUGGGCGAUCCUGUUCGCGGAAACCCGACGCCUUUCGUCGAGUCCUUCGCUACGGCCACUCCCCUUCCGUUCGACCCAGCAAAGAAGAUGCCCGAGGACCAGACGCACCUCAAUUAUGCUUUCAGUCCAAAGGCCGUGGAGCAGCAGCUGGAGCUCAGCCGAAAACUUGCGGUGCCAUUAGACGAAGCGAGGCCGCAAGCGGCGGCAGCUCCUACGGGCCCUCUCGGCAUCAACUACGGUGGAAGAUCAGAGGAAGCGGCGCCUGUAAUUUCCCAGGAAGAGAUUGAAGCCCAACGGAUCAAGGACCACGAGCGUGCUACCGAGGCCAUCAAGCGCAUCACGGCGCUCGAGAACUCCAGCUCAAAGGACAGAAUGCGCGUCAACAUUGCGCGCUGCGUCAGCACGUUCGGCCGCCACAACACCGACAAGAUUCUCCCGCCUCGCGCGCCACCGCUACGCGCUGUCAAUUCCACGAAGCCGCACCGUAAGCGUCCCGCGACGAACGAGAAGGAACUAGCUACGCGCAUCGGCGCUGACACGGGGUCUUCUGAGGUCCAAAUCGCCAUCUUGACCGCGAAGAUCAAGACGGUUGCGGACUUCCUCCAGACACGAGGCAAGGGCGACAAGCACAACAAGAGGAAUCUGAGGCUGCUGGUGCACAGGCGACAGAAGUUGUUGCAGUAUCUGAGGAGAAAGGAGCGGGGUGGGCCGAGGUGGCAACACUGCAUUGAGACAUUAGGACUGACUGAGGGUACCUGGAGGGGUGAGAUCAGCCUGUAAGAUACCAUGUGGGAAGAGACCUUUAGAUCCUGUAUAUUCACUUGUACGACAUACAAUCCAAGCAUCAAGCGUUGAAUUUCUG